AAUCCACGAGUUCUUUCCCGUGCACUCGAAUAUGUGGCGUGAUUACUUGGUAUUCGCACUGGCUGCGCUGCCAACAACCCUGGGCGCAAAGGAAGGACAAAGCGCCAAAGAAGCCUGCAGUCAACUGAACGACAAGCACUCUGACAUCACGUACGGCAGUCUGCAUCAGAAAUACAUCAAUGCGAAUACCGAAUACUACACGUCCAGCGCAUGGCUCGGACCCGCAUGCGUCUUCGAACCAACGACCACCGCCCAGCUGAGCGACGCGGUGCAGAUCCUGAAGAAUCUCAGCACGCCGUUCGCGAUUCGAGGCGGCGGACACAUGCCGAUUGCGGAUGCCGCGAAUGUCAACUCGUCUGGAGUCCUGAUCUCCAGCUUCGGGUUGAAUCAGCUCAAGCUGUCCGAGGACCAGUCCACGGUCAAUGUGGGACCGGGUAAUCGGUGGACCAACAUCUAUGACUAUCUCGAGCCGUACGGCCUAACGGUCGUUGGGGGUCGACUGGGCCAUGUCGGUGUCCCGGGGUAUAUUCUGGGCGGCGGAGUGUCGUUCUUCAGUAAUGAGUAUGGAUGGGCGUCGGCGAACGUGGCUAGUUUCACGUGCGUCCUUGCCAACGGCAAAAUCAUCAAAGCAACCCCCGACAACGAAUACUCGGACCUAUUCUGGGCGCUGCGAGGCGGCUCCAGCUCAUUCGCACUGGUCACCAACUUCGAGCUGAAGACGAUCAAAGCCCCCGGCGUGAUGAUCGGACAAGCCUCCUACGGCUCCGACUCCGACGUGGCCACAAAGUUCAUCGACGCGGUGCACUCGUUCACCAUGUCCGCGCACAAAGACCCCAAGGCGGCCGCGAUCCCCCUGGCCGAGUACAUCCCGCUACUGGGCAAGCCGAGCUACAACGCGAUGCUGUUCUACAACGGGAAGAACGAGACGCCUGCGGCGCUGAGCAGCUUCCUGGAGCCGAACAUGAAGCCGUCGUCGAACAGCUUCAAGUACCGGUCGAUGAGCAAGUGGUCGGAGGAGCUGGAUCCGGCGAUGGGGUUGCUGAAGGGCAAUAAGCAGCGCUUCUACGUGCUGAACAUCCACGCGGCGAACAAGAAGGCCAUUUCCAUCGUGCAUGAUACGUUCAUGGCCGUCGCGAAGAAGAGUCUGCCCAAUGGAGUGCUCGUCGCGGCGCUGGCCUUCCCCGCCGUCACGGAGAAGUAUAUCACCGCGUCGCGGGUGAAUGGGGGCGAUCCGCAAAGUCUGGAUCUCGACGGGGCGCCGUAUAUCUGGGUCGAGGAGAGUAUUACGUCGUUGGCGACGGUGAAGGAUGAGGAUGUGGACGCGUUCUAUGGGAAGGUAAAUGGGGAGAUCAAGAAGAAUCUGGACGCCGAGGGCAUCGAGAUGGCGAAGUUCAUUUACUUGAAUGAUGCCAAUCCGUCGCAGAGUAUCUUCGACACGUUCCACCCGGAUAAUGUCCAGCGGUUGAAGAAGAUUCGGGCCAAGUACGAUCCUAGCAGAGUGUUCACGGAUCUGAUGCCGGGUGGAUUCAAGGUC